AGUUAUUAUGAUAAUAAUGGAAUUUUAAUAACUUAAAAACUUUAAAUAAUAAAAUAAUAUAUAAAAAAUGAAUUUUUGUUUGAUAUAAUUGAAUUAUGUUUAUUUAUAAUUUCAUAUUAAAUAAAUAGUGUAUCUUAUUUAAGUUAUUUUAUAAUUUCUAAAAAGCGCAAAAUUAACAAAAUAAUCACAAGCUACGAAAAAAUAUUUUAACUAAGGGAAAGAGGACUAGCAUAUAGUUAAUUCUUAUAAUUAUUCAUUAAUAUAAUUUUAGUUUCACAUUAUAGUGCAUGCAUAUUUCAUUCUAUAGCUUAGAUUGAAUAAGAGAAUAAAUAUAUAGAUACAUGGCUUACAUAAAGCCAUAAUUAAAAUACAAGCUGGAUAUAAAGAUAUAUAACAUGUUUUUAUUGGAGUGUAGUUACAAUGGUGACUAUUGGAUAUGGUGAUAUUGUAGCAUAUACAGAAGUGGAAAAAGUAUUCACCAUAAUAAUGAUCUUUAUAAGUUGUAGUGUUUUUGCUUAUUCUAUAAAUUUAAUAGGUGAAUAAGUAAAAGAAUUAAAUAAAGAAGAAGUUAUUUUAAAAGGAAAGAUCAGUCGUUUGAAUAAAUAUAUGUAUAGUAGAGGAUUAAAUCUUUAAAUUUAAGAAAAAGUAAGAAGAUACUGCGAGUAUGUUUUAAGGGAAGAAACUAUGAGUGAUGAUUAAGAAGCUAUUUAAUUAAUAAACAGUCUUUCUAAGUCUUUAAAAGAGUAAGUUUGGCUAGAUUUAUAUUAAAGAAUAUUGAAUAAAAAGUCGUUUUUUAAGUUAAAUUUUAGUAAAGAAUUUUUAUAGAAAUUAUCACUUAAAAUGAAAGAAAGGAAAAUAGGACCGGAAGAGUAUAUUUAUUAACAAGGAGAUAAUAUGGAUUGUGUUUUUUUUAUACUUUCAGGAGAAGCAGAUUAGGUUAUUAAAAAAGAUGAUAAAUAAUAAGAAAUUAUUGUAAAUAAUCUCAAGAAAGGAUGCUCUUUUGGCCAAUUAGAAUUUUUUUCGCAAUAAAAAAGAAUUUCGAGUAUUAGAACGAAAAAUUCAGUUUAAAUGGCCUUUGUUUAAUUUUAGGAUUUUAAAGAACUUUUGAAAGAAUAUGAAUAAGAUAAUGAAACAUAUAACUAAAUUAAAGAUCAAAUUAAUAUAUAUAAUAAUAUAAAAGCUAUUUAUUUGUAAUGUCCAUCUUGUGGGGAAUAUAAACAUACUGUUGAUUAGUGUUAUUGCAUAAAUUUUUAUUUAAAUAAGGACAAAUUAAUAAUUUAAAAUUAAAAAAACCAAAAUUAAAUUCGAGAUGCUAAUUUUUAUCGAUAAAAAAGAAAAUUUUGUACCCAAAAAGGCCUCCUAUAAACUAAAUAAUAAGCUUUUAAAUUCAUAGUAGAUAAAAUCGCAAAAUAAUCAAUUUGUUCUAGCUCAUCUUCAGAUUUAGAAGAUGAAAAUUUUUCACAAAAUAGGAUUUAUUAGGGUAUUUUUGCGAAAAGUUAUCGAAACUUUGAAAACCUUUCAUAACUAGACUAUACUUAUGCUGAAAAAAACAAUAUUCAGUUUAAUAUGAUGCCCUAAGCUUUUCUUAAGGACAAGAUUUUUAAGUUUUAAAAUGUAAUGAAGCUAUAAAUGGAAUCAUAGUAGUAUGUUUAAAUUAAAAGUAAUCAAUAAUAUUCAGCAAAUUCUGUACAAUAUCCUGAAAAUUUUAUAGAUGAAUCUAAAGAAACAUUAUAAGAGAUGGAAAAUAGUGAAAUUUACAAUAGAUAAAACGUAAAAGAACCUUCUAUUGUGAAAUAGAUUUUAAAAGAAUAAGUUUUUAAUGGAUUAAAGUCUAAGAGUCAAAUGGAAAGUUCUAAAUUUAGCAGAAACGGAUCUUUUAAUUAAGAAGAUAAAGGAAAUAUUUAUGAAGGAAUUUUUUUAAUGGAAGAUAAUAAAUUUUAGUAAGAUUUAGAAUUCAAGGAUUUAAUUUUAAAAAAACAAAAAAUUAUUAAAAACGAAGAAAAUUGUUUAUUAGAAUAUUUUGAUAAACUUAAAAAUUUUUAGUUUUAUUUCAUACAUAAUAAUUUUAAAAGAAUUCUUCGAAACGAAAUGAAAAGAAAAUAAGGUUUAAUUAAAAAAAAUUAAAUGAUUGAAAAAAUAAAAAAUAAAAAUGUAAAUUUAUAAAAAUGA